AUGGAAGCAUCUAAAAACAUUCAGUCCCCCUAUACCUGCAUAACAUGUCGUGUGGCAUUCAGAGACCUGGAGAUCCAACGACAGCACUACAAAUCUGACUGGCACCGUUAUAACUUAAAACGUAAGGUAGCAGAGCUGCCCCCCGUCCCUGUUGAGGAAUUUCAAAAGCGAGUCAUAGCUCAACGAGGUCAAGAGGAUGCUCUUAAGAAUCCGGAUAGAACUCUCACCUGUAAGAUUUGCAGAAAGACUUUCAGCACAAAAAAUCAGUACGAUAACCACACAAUGUCCAAAAAGCACAAAGAGAAUGCCCAAAAAUUCUCAGAGAAGACUAAUGAAGAUUCAAGCACUUCGUCGUUCAUUAUCGUUGAUCCUCACAGUUCAGACGCAACAGAUUUAUCAGCUGGAAUUUCGGAAGAGAUGGAAGUGGACUCAGAUGUUGAGUCACUGGAUUCUGAUGAGUGGCUGGAUAACACGGAGAAUCCAGUGAAGAAUAACAACUGUCUGUUUUGCAAUCAUCACAGUAGAUCAGGUGUCAAGAACUUGAAGCACAUGACAGAGGCCCACAGUUUCUUCAUUCCAGAUCCAGAGUACUGUGUCGAUUUGAAAGGGCUUUUGGAAUAUCUAGGUGAAAAAAUAUUCGCUGGGUUCAUGUGCCUCUGGUGCAACGAUACAGGGAAAGCAUUCCACAGUGCAGAUGCAGCACGCGCUCACAUGAUAGACAAGGGCCACUGCAAAAUGCUGCACGAGGGUGAGGCGCUGGUGGAGUACUCCGAUUUCUACGACUACUCUUCAUCCUAUCCAGACGCUGAACAACACGAUGCUGACACUGAGGUGGAGAUCCCUGAGCUAGACGAUGGAGAUUAUCAGCUUGUUCUGCCAUCCGGUAAUGUUAUUGGCCACAGAUCCCUCAUGAGAUACUACAAACAGAGUUUGGAUCCCAAUCGCGCUGUUGCCAUUCCCAAAAGUGAAAAGCUGAGAAGAGUCUUGUGUCAUUAUCGGGCACUCGGAUGGACGGAGACACAGAGAGAGGCUGCCGUAAAAAAAGCCAGGGACAUCAAAUACAUGCAGAGGGUCCAGGCAAAAUAUUCCACGCAAUUGCAGUUCAAAGCUAACAAGUUCCAGAAAUAUUUCCGACAACAAGUCAACUUCUAGGAGACCGAAGUCAAUAUUGUUUACGCUAGAUAUCUGGAUAUUACAUGUAUAAUAUUGAUAUUGUUAUGACUAUUGUUGGUUAAAUACAGACAACAGUUUAAUAAACUUGACUAUUUAUUCGUGGAUUUACAAAACAACGUUUAUAACAGACGGCAACAAAAAUACUUCAAUAUCAUGUAUAAGUUCGUAUAAUUCCUCAAUUUUAUAUUUUAAUUAUUAUUAUCAUUGUUUGUAAAUGGACCCUUUCUGGUAUAUAUCGUUUUGCAAUGUGUGAUUUUUUUUUGUACGGAUUUAUGAAAGAUCGUUGCCACCCUUGGACGGUAGCUGUUGAAUUUGUAGAUAAAAAUUUUACUGUUA